AUGACGGACGCCAGCAGCAAGAAGGAGGGCUUCAAAAAGUGCCGGAGCGCCACGUUCAGCAUCGAUGGCUUCAGCUUCACCAUCGUUGCAAACGAAGCCGGAGACAAGGCUGCCGGGCCGCUCAACCGCUUCUCCCGCUUCUCCCGGUCCAAGUCGCAGAGCUGUCUGUGGAACUCCAUCAUCGACGGGCUCACGGGGAACGUCAAGGAGAAGCCGCGGCCAACGAUCGUCCACGACCCCCGGCCCCCGGAGCAGAUCCUCGCCGACGAGCUGCCUCAGCUGGACAGCCCGGAAGCCUUGGUGAAGACGUCCUUCAGGUUACGGUCUUUGGUCAAACAAUUAGAGAGAGGCGAGGCUUCAGUGGUAGAUCUUAAGAAGAAUUUGGAAUAUGCAGCUACAGUGCUUGAGUCUGUAUACAUUGAUGAAACCAGGCGGCUCCUAGAUACGGAGGAUGAGCUCAGUGACAUCCAGUCGGAUGCGGUGCCUUCUGAGGUCCGAGACUGGCUGGCCUCCACCUUCACGCGGCAGAUGGGGAUGAUGCUCAGGCGGAGCGAUGAGAAGCCGCGGUUCAAGAGCAUCGUGCACGCAGUGCAGGCUGGGAUAUUCGUGGAGAGAAUGUAUAGACGUACAUCAAACAUGGUUGGACUGAGCUACCCAGCAGUGGUUAUAGAAGCAUUAAAGGAUGUGGACAGGUGGUCCUUCGAUGUCUUCUCUCUCAAUGAAGCCAGCGGGGACCAUGCCCUGAAAUUCAUUUUCUAUGAAUUACUCACACGCUACGAUCUGAUCAGCCGCUUCAAGAUCCCCAUUUCUGCGCUCGUCUCAUUUGUGGAGGCCCUGGAAGUGGGAUACAGCAAGCAUAAAAAUCCUUACCACAAUUUAGUGCAUGCUGCGGACGUCACACAGACGGUGCACUACCUCCUCUAUAAGACAGGAGUCGCUAACUGGCUGACGGAGCUGGAGAUUUUCGCUAUCAUCUUCUCAGCUGCCAUCCAUGACUAUGAGCACACAGGAACCACCAACAACUUCCACAUCCAGACCCGGUCUGACCCAGCUAUUCUGUACAACGAUAAGUCUGUAUUGGAAAACCAUCACUUAAGUGCAGUUUAUCGCCUUCUGCAAGAGGAUGAGGAAAUGAAUAUUUUGAUCAAUCUCUCCAAGGAUGACUGGAGGGAAUUUCGGACUUUGGUAAUUGAGAUGGUGAUGGCCACGGAUAUGUCCUGUCAUUUCCAACAGAUCAAGGCGAUGAAAACUGCUCUGCAGCAGCCGGAAGCGAUUGAAAAGCCAAAAGCACUGUCCCUGAUGCUGCACACGGCAGACAUCAGCCAUCCAGCGAAGGAGUGGGACCUCCAUCAUCGCUGGACGAUGUCACUGCUGGAGGAAUUCUUCAGACAGGGGGACAGAGAAGCAGAGUUGGGGCUGCCUUUUUCUCCUCUGUGUGACCGGAAGUCGACCAUGGUUGCUCAGUCGCAAGUAGGUUUUAUCGAUUUCAUCGUGGAGCCCACCUUCACGGUGCUCACGGACAUGACUGAGAAGAUCGUGAAUCCGCUCAUUGAGGAGACCUCCCAGGCGGGCGGGACAGGGCAGCGGCGAUCAAGUUUGAACAGCCUCAGUUCUGCAGAUGCGAAGCGAUCGGGGGUUAAGAGCGCAGGCUCAGAAGGAAGUGCCCCAGUCAACAAUUCCGUCAUCCCUAUGGAGUACAAGAGUUUCAAAGCCACUUGGACUGAGGUCGUGCACGUCAAUCGGGAGCGGUGGAGGGCCAAGGUGCCCAAAGAAGAGAAGGCCAAGAAGGAAGCCGAGGAGAAGGCUCGCCUGGCUGCGGAGGAGAAGCAGAAGGAAAUGGAAGCCCAAAGCCAGGCAGAAGGCGCGGCCGGCCAGGCGGACAAAAACACACCCGGGGAAGCUCAGAGUCAAGUCAACGGAACGCGUCCCAACAAGAGCCACAACGCUCGUGGGAAAAACGCCAAAGAGAAGCCGUCAGGAGACAAGCAGCAGAACGGUGACUUGAAAGAUGGUAAAAAUAAGGCUGACAAGAAGGAUCAAUCCAGUGUCGGAAAUGACUCAAAGAAAGCAGAUGGCACAAAGAAGCACUCUCAUGGCUCCCCAGCCCCGAGCACCAGCUCCACAAGUCGCCUUACCUUGCCAGGGGACUACGGAUAA